AUGGACGCAAUGCACGAGAGCGUUUCACACGGCAACAGCAACACCAAUCCUCAGACACGACCGGAAGAAGAGGGAAAGCGUCGAGCGGUUCAGCAAGCACUCAUGGGCCUCUUCAGCACAGGUCUGGAGACACCGACGGCCCAAAAUUCCGAAUACGACCGCUUGCAGAUGAGCGUUCCAAGGUGGAUGUGGUUCCUGGAUGUGUAUCUUGAUCGGUACAAGAAUGGUCUUCUUGAGGUCAGAAGAUGAGUCGCUUCCGGUUCCAGAAGUUUGAAGCUAAUUCUCGCAGAUCAAUCCAGCAGCCAGAGGAGCACAGCGCCAAGUCCGUCGCCUCUUAGCAGAGCUCCUGUACGAAACCAUCGAAGCUGCCACGGAAGAUCUUAACGAGACGUUUCGGACAACGGAGCGGAAUGGGAGCAAUGACUCUGCAUCCAGCAGAGCAUCCACGAGGGGUGGCAGUCCCGCGGAGGAUGAGCAGACCGAGGAGGCUGUGAUGGGAAUUCUGGACAUGUCGGAAGAAGGCAAGCAGGAGCCGGACGGAGAUACAGUUCGAUUGAGGGCGCUCGGAGACAUUGUGCGUAUCGAGAUGGACGGGAUGGCAGAGGCUGCGAAGGAAGCCGUCGAGAAUCUGGUAUAA